GACUCCGCACAUUCCAUGAUUUUAUAAAUUAUUUUUGAGUCCGUUGGUAAGUCCUCAUUCUUCCAUUUUUGUGUGAAUGCCAGUCUCCCAGCAGUAAUUAUCUGCAGUUUCAGUUCCUCUCUACAGUGUGUGAUUUCAAGCAACCAUCAUCAUAUUUUCGUCCAAUAUUUAGCUGCCAGUGGGCAUGUCCACCAUUUGUGGAAGUAAGUUCCAUUGCUAUGCCCACAUUUCCAGCACUGUGAAGAUGUCCCGGGGAACAUUUUAGCUAAUCUUGCUGGAGAUAGGUGCCAUCAAUAAACCAUCUUAUAAAUAUUUUGCUAUGUAUUAUUUAAGACCGCACAGAGAAGUUAACUAAGAUAAUCACAUCUAGCCUGAUGUGUGUUUGUUUGUUUGUGUGUGUGUGUGAAUUCAUCCUUUGCUAUCCCUUCUCUAUGAGUUUCCUGAAUUUCAUAUCAGAUUACUAUCACUAAACUACUCAUGGAAAAGUACACAGGCUUGUGUUUUAGAAACUCCCUGGUUACUGGCGAAAGCUUUGUUGGAUUGUCAUUCGCACUGCCUGAUAAGGAGCACACCUAUCAAUGGAACCGCAACAAUCUCGAAGCAACAAUCAAUGGAAUCGCAAUAAUCUCGAGACAACAAUCUCAAAAUCUGUUUAUCAUGGAUGGCUGCCUUUUCAGAAAGACUCCGGAUGGCGUCUACCUUUGCUUCAUUGUUUUACUAGUAAAAAUAUCUGGGGUAGAAAAUCUCAACUUUACUGGUCUACCUGCAACGGGCAAUAUUAGAGAAAAUUCACCUUCUGGUACCGUGGUGCAUACAUUCCGGGUCAACCUAACGCCAUACCUGUUGCCAACCAUUACAAUACCAUUUGAGUAUCCAUUAAUCAUCAAUUCAAAUCCACUCACAAAAGCCUUCCGGAUCAACCCCGUAUCUCCACUCGAGUACCAGGUGGUUACUACAGGAGACCCCCUUCUAGAUUAUGAAACGAUGCCCCACACAUUCGAUCUGCAGAUCCUUGUUGCCGAUUCCGCGGGCGCCAUGGAACUACAGAUUCUGACCGUCCAAGUGAGCGACGUAAAUGAACCACCGGUGUUUCAAGGCAACUUGGCAAAUCAAACCGUCAUAAUCUACAUCUUGGAAAAUACACCACCAGGAAAUAUUUAUCAAAUUCAUGCGGGAGAUCCUGAAACGAUUCGCCCUAAAAAUGUUACGUUUUCCCUGAGUCCGGAUUCCCCAUUCUUUGUAAUUUCUGCAACUGGAACCAUUUCUACAUUGAAGUCAUUUGAUUUUGAGAAAGAUUUCCCAAGCUAUACAUUAAAUGUUACCAUAACAGACAGCAUUGGUGCUAGCGAUAAGAGGACCCUAAUUGUCAAUAUCAUAAAUAUCAAUGAUGAAGAUCCUUACUUCAUCACGAAAGAGAAAGUUUUCAAGAUUCGUGAAGAGGCUCCAGUAGGCAUGUUUGUAGCCAAUAUAACAGCCAAGGAUCCCGAUGGCGAAGAUUUUAUUCAUAGCCUUCGCUACAGCAUGGGAGUUCCUGAAGCGAUCCCUAAAUUCUCCAUCAAUCCAAUGACAGGUACGGUCUUGGUGGCCGGCCGGCUAAAUCGUGAAGCUGCUGGGAUCAGAACCAAUCCUAAUAUUUCUUUGAUCAUUCGUGUUGAGGAUAGGGUUAGGGUUACCCGUGAAAGAACUGCUGAAAUUAAAAUUUUCGUAUUGAUUGAAGACAUCAAUGACCUUCCACCCGAAUGCAUAGAAUACAAUCACAGGGAGGUAAUUCAUGAAACGGCUUCCCCUGGAUUUGAAAUUAUCAAUUUAAAGAAUAAGUGCAAAGAUGAAGAUGCUGAAUCCCCACACAAUUUGUUUAACUUCACUGAACUAUCUGGAGUUGGAAGUAAUAAAUUUACCCAGGAUCCUCCUCACUCCGGAAUAAUUAAGCUUUUAGGAAAUAUAGAUUUGGAAAAUAUAACAGACGGAAGCGUGCAGAGACAAUAUAUUCUGAAUACCGUCAUCCAAGAUGUUUCUGACCCUUUCUUUUCUGAACUAAUCUACAUUUAUAUCAACAUUCAACCGGUGAACGAGUUUGAUCCAGUCUUCGGUAGCUCUUUGUACAUUUUUAACGUAUCUGAAAUAGUACCAGCAAACUCUUUGAUCGGAACAGUGCUCGCUACUGACAAGGAUUUGCCUCCCACCAGAAUUUCUUACUCCAUUUUGUCCGGAAAGAGCGGCGGGGGUGUCACAGAUUUAUUUGUAAUUGAUUCACAGUUGGGCAGUUUGAAGAACACAAAGCGAUUAGACUAUGAAACACAGCGGGUACACACUCUUGUAGUCCAAGCUUCUGACAACGAUGGCAGGAUUGGAAAUUCCUCCGUAAUAAUAAACGUUCUUGAAGCAAACGAUGAACCACCUAUAUGCACCCCAGAUGGACAGUUGCUGGAAGUGCCAGUGGAUUUAAGCUUGGGCAUUAUUAAUCGUUUCAGUAUUAGCUGCGUGGAUCGGGAUUCAAGCCCAAAGUCAUUCCGAUAUACUAUCACGUCAGGUAACGUCAAUAACCAUUUUGACUUCUCACCAAAGGCCGGUUCUAAUAUCUCGAGGUUAGUCCUGACCAAUCCAUUCGAUUAUACGUCAGGAGUGGACAAAAUCUGGGAAUACCGGCUGUUGGUUUCCGUAACAGAUGAUAAUCUGUUAACAAGUUCUGAAAGAACUUCAGUCCGUGUUCAAAACGGCACAGUAAAAUUAACCAUCCGAGUUAUUCCAGAUCCAACCACUGUGAUUCCUACAACGCCUGCUGUGACGAUUGUGACCAGCAAAGAAAACGUUUAUGCUCGAUCGGCUUGGUAUGUGCCAUUUUUCACACUCCUUGGCAGUUUAUUGCUGCUGGGAUUGCUCGGCUAUCUAACCGUUUUGCUGGCAAAAUACCUCCGUUCCUGUUGCCCACCGAAACCCAAAGCGGACACAAAACCACUGUUGGACAUGCCAGAAAAGAAGAAAGCAAAGAAAGAAGUAAUAUGGGAAAUGACCAACUUAAAUCCUAUUUUUGACGGGGAAGCCAUAGACCCAGUCACUGGCAAAGUGUAUGAAUACAACUCAAAAUCCGGGGCGCGAAGAUGGAAAGACUCCAAUGCUCUUUCCAAGAUGAAAGGAAGGACUCUGUUGCACAAGUAACAACAACUCCCAAGAGUGGUGAAGGCAGUGUGUCCAAAGCAGAGGUUACCACUAAUGGUGGUGAGAGGAAUCUCAAACAGAAGCCGAGAUCUCCAAAAAGUGGUGAAAAGAUAUCUACCCACAGCAGAGGCUACCACUACUAGUGGUGGUGAAGGGAAUCUCAAACAGAAGCCGAGAUCUCCAAAAAGUGGUGAAAAGGAUCUACCGAAAGAAGAAGCUGGUGGUAAUCAAGGAGAUCUUAAGCAGACAAAACCUCCAAAGAAUAACCAGACAGGUGACCUAUUCCAAAUGGAAGAUGAAACCAGAAGAUCAAAUCACCUAGGACCAACAGCCUUAGACAAAUUGCAGAAAGCAAAUGAGGAACAUCCGAGCAACCGAUCACCUUCACCCACUCCCCCACGCAGGUCUCCCAUCCCCUCUCCCAAAAUAUAUCCCAAAUAUCAAAAUCAGUCUUAAAAGCAGGUGUAAUGUGUCCUGUAGGCCAGAAGACGUAACAGCUGAUCUGGAUGCCUCUUAAUGACCAAAUCAGGAAACCAACUCUAUAGGAAGAUUAGUAGUAGUUUUAACCGUUCAGUUGCAUCCGACUCGAGUGGUGCGGUGGCCUAGAGGUGGAGCUCGAUCGUGAGUUCGAUUCUAGGUAGAGGCAGAUAUUUCUCUCUCUGGGCACACUGAGAAUAUAUCUGCUGUAUAUAUAGCUCUGCAUUGGCGACAGGAAGGGCAUUCGGCCAGUAAACACUCAACUCCAUUCAGUUGCCCAGACUCCACCCUGCAAGGGAGUAUGGGGUCGUUAAAAGAGGAUGUGUUGUAUCCAACUCCUAGUGACUUUAUAGGCAAGGGCUCUCCAUGCUACCCUGCCAAGCACAUCUUCUUUCAGUUGUUCACCUGUGAUUUGAUCUUAUCAAGCCAGUGUGUCCUUUGCUUGUGUCUUCUUUUUGAUGGCCUUCUCCAAUGAAUUUGCAUGCAUGGCACAUCUAAAGUAAAUCAGAUGUAGUCUUAUAAUUUUA